AUGUCGGCCAAUAGUGAACAGGAUCCGGACAAUAAUCCCGAUGUAAUACUAGAGAAGCUGCUGCGUAAAGCCCGAUCGAAGGAAUCACGCUGGGAUCGGAUACGACGGAAGCACCUCAACAAUCUCACCGUGACAUCGAAGACGGUCAAGAAGUUCAUCAACAUGGACUUUAUCGAUGAGGCGCAGCUACGCCUACUGAUGGCUGGUGAUGGAUCUACGGGACCGGGGGGCACCACGGAGCACCGUACGAAAACCAUGCUCGAUCCGGUACUGGUGAUGGACAUACGGCACGAAAUGAUACGUCGCCGUGGCUCGAAGGGAUCGACCAAGGAAAACGGUGGUGGAGACUACGUCGACGACGACGAUGGCCACCGGGGGCCACCAAUCGAUCCGGUAAAGGCAUACCAACAAGAAAACCUAGCCAAUCACAACCGUUCCAUCGAGCUAACGCUGUGCGAGAACGAGCUGAACAAGUUUCGCCAACAGCUGGGCGGUGCAAAGGGUCUCCAGACCAAGCAGCAGUCACAGGUCAGUGCACAGAAGCGUAGCAUACUGUACAUUAACAUCCCGAAGAUCGACAAUGGGCUGAUCUACGAGAGCUUGGAGGAGUGUGAACAGUAUACGGCUCACUUCUACCGGAGUGCAAUCGAGGGUACAGAGCAGCUGCUGGAGGAGACGGGUCAGGACGAAAGAACGCUGGACGGUGUUGUGCAAAAGACCUCGACCGGGGCCACGAUCGAGGAGAUUGUCGAGCGUGAGGAACAGGAUCUCGAGCAACACACUACGUUGGUUGGUGUCGCUAUCGAUGAUCGUAACCAAGAUAUGACCGCAGCAAAUGGACACUCGAAGGAGUCGCCAGAGAACGGAGAUCUCGAAGAGGAUGAUAGUAAGAUAGUGCGAUUCGGUAACACCCAGAUCAUCACGUACCCGCUGGAUGAUACCGUGUCCUUCUCGCUCGACGGUUCCGAGUACGACUUCGAGGACAAUGAUCUGUUCCUGGAGUCGCUCGACUCCGACGUGGAUGAGUUCGAUGAGACAGAAUUUCAAUCGACAGAUAGCACCUCGGAAAGGGCUAGUGAGGAGGAGCGAAAACCGGAAACGGAUCCACUGCCAACGGAUAGCAGCGAUUGUCUAACGGUGUCCCGCAUCGACACCUCUGGGAGCUGCUGCUCGAAGGAUCCGGACACCGGAAGCUCCGGAUUUUCUCGGCAACAGCUGGCCUACAACUAUGAUGACGUUGAGUCGGAGCUGCUAGAGAUUGCACCGACGGCUGAACGGCUCACCGAGACCGAACCGAUCCUGGUGCGCCGGUGCGAUCUGAAGGAUUACAGUGAACUGUGCGUCACGAACUAUCGCCCGGACGAGAAGGAUGAACGGAUCGAGCUGACGGACGAAUCACGCAAAGUGAUUAGCAACGCACUGAAGGAGGGCUACUUGCAGAAUCACGACCGUGCCAUCCAGAAGCAGUACUUCUUCAAGUGGCUCCAGUACACGAUUCUCGAGAAGAUUUCGAAGGGUGCCGGCGUGACGAGCACGCGAGAGCAGAAGCUAAAGCGCAUCAACGAUUUCAUCAGCAACAUACGCCACAACCACAGGAAGAAGGGAGUGCUCCGUACCGGAGGGAAGGGUGCCAAGGGCGGUUCCGAUCCGGGUCAACCGGGCUCGGUGAAGAAAGAGUACGAACACCGAUUGAAGGUGCAGCAGGAUAUUAUUGAGCUGCAGAAACUGAAGCUCGAGCGCCAGGAGCGUAUCAUUACGGAGCUGAAGCUGUCCAAGUUUUCCGAGGCGGCCAAAAUCUCGAAACAGGAAAUCCAGAGUGAACUGCUGAAGGCAGCCCGUACCGGGCACGUGCGUUUGCGGGCAAAAGCGCGCUGCAUCCAGAUAGUCGGCAACAUACGUAACGAUACGUCGGAGGAGGACGAAAUUCGCAAGCUGCAGGCCCAGGGACUGAUGAUACCGCGUUUCCUGGCUAAGAUGCAGCAGCGUGCACUGGAGCGUAGCCAGCGGCAUCAGGAGGCGCGCGAGAGGCGCUUGCGGUUAGAGAAGGAGCGUGAGGACGCGAAAGUAGCGGCCGAGGAAGCGAAGCGGCUCGAGGAUGAGGAGGCUCGGAAACGCCGUUACCGGGAGAUGCGCGAAAAGCGCAAGCUCGAGAAACUCCAGAAGAUCAUUCGUGAGCAGGAGCGGCAGGCCUGGAUCGCGAACAAUCAGAUCGCCAAGGAGUUCCGACUGCUGAAGCUGAAACGGUUCGGUAUGUACGCGUUCCGGUUGCUGCUCGGUGUACGGCAUGAGAACGAACGGCGAUCGAUCGCGUACCGGCGGCGUUACUACAAGCGCAAAUACUUCCGCCGCUGGUGGUACCUCACGAACAGCCUGUGGGAGAGCAAGAAGGCGAUGGCUGAUGUGCUGCACGAGCACAAGAUCCUAACCGUGGCGGUGCGCCAUUGGAAGAUGUACAUGCACCAGCAGCGCUGCAAGCUACAGGUGGCGAUCGAUUGGCACGAGGUGCGCCUGACGGAGAAGAUCAUUUCGAUCUGGGUUGGGCGAACCAAACAAUCGCUCAUGAUACUGCAGGGCAAGAUGUCCCAUGCUGCUUCACACUACGAAUGGCAACUGAAAUGGAAGGUAUUUGAGCGUUGGCAGCGUUUGCAUAUCAUACUGCGUAUCGAGAAGGAAACGGAAAUGCGUCGCCAGCGUUGGCGUAUGAAGAUCUGGGAGCUGCUGCCUGACUACAAACCGAUCGAGGAGGAUCUUUAG